UUUGACCAUUAAACCGCAUAUACGAUUCCCGGCGCCGAAAUAACACGUGCUUUUACCUGCUUUAUUUUGCGAAACCUGUCUGGCAUUUCAUCAAGCAAUACAAACAGGAACACUGUUUAAUUUGUGUGACAAGGACAACUAUUUCGCAGCGACAUAUCCCUUAGAAAUAUGGCGACUAAUGCUACAGUCACCAACGCAAGCGACGUCGAAACAAAAGAUCACUGCAAAGACUGGGCGGAAGCUCAGCACGCGGUAUUCCAGCUGGCGCGCCUAUUCAUCCUGAUCUCCUUCCUCACGCCGUGCACGUUUCGGUACCACAGCCUCUUCCUCCGCGUGAUGCUCUCCUGCGGUCACAUCCUGACCCUCAUUUGGGGCGCCGUGUUCGUGUGUAUGCCGGACUUCGUGAUCUGGUGCGGUGCGUUCUCCGUCGCCAACUUGGUACAUAUCGUCUACCUCGCGUACACCAGCCUUCCCGACCGGUUUUCCAAGGCGCUCGAUGACAUUUAUCUGCACGUUUUUAAACCAUUGAAGAUCUCCCGGAAACAGUUCCAGGGAUUGGCAGAGAUAGGCUCUAUGGAGCUGCUGGGAAAAGGGGGCUCGUACGCGAAACAGGACCACACGUGCACGGGUUUUAGACUCUCCAUGUUGCUUAAAGGACGACUGAAGGUCUCGUAUGAUGACGUAUAUCUCCACUCUGUGGACGUGAACCAGUUUGUUGACUCACCGGAAUACGACACUCGUAACGAAACAUUCAUUGGAGGAAAGUACAAGGUAAAUAUACGCGCGUCCGAAGACUGCCUUCUGUUCGUCUUACCUCAAGCUCGCCUUCUAAAAUACCUGUCACGUGACCGCACGCUGGAGCACAUCUUCAACCAACUGAUCGGGAAGGACAUCAGUCAGAAGCUUUACGAGAUACAAGAGCGCGUGUUCGCGUUUCCGGGCAUGGCCGAAGGGACCGGAAACCGCCGAACGUCAAUGGUGCACGUCCGCAAUAGUAUAGUCUCAAACUCGACUACGAAUUUAGCGAAUCUGAAUUGUCUUCAAGGUUGCUACAAGCAGCCGAGUAAUUUAUCGUCCUCCACAACCAACGAAUCUACCGUGUGAAAUGUAGGACGUGAACAAUAUGUUAAUUAUUUGAACAGUGGGCAAUGUAGGACGUGAACAAUAUGUUAAUUAUUUGAACAUUAUGUAAUGUUAGACGUGAACAAUAUGUUAACUGUUUGAUCAGUGUGAAAUAUAGGACGUGAACAAUAUGUUAAUUAUUUGAACAGUGUGAAAUAUGUGACGAGAACAAUAUGUUAAUUAUUUGAACAAUGUGAAAUUUAGGAAGUGAACAAUACAUCUAAAUACCUGCUAAGUGGUCUAACUAAAGCCGUCACCGUGUGGCAUAAUACUCUCUACCUGAUAUAUACGCGUUUUUACGAGUAUGGGGAGCAGCCGGGCGAAGCGGGACGGUGAAGUAUCAAAGACAAUUUUUCUCACCUUUUGCCGACUCUGAGGCAGUUAUUCGCACUUCGAGAUAAACCACAGUAAAUACAUGUAAAAUCGAGACUGGGGACACAAUUUUAUAUCGACAUAUCGAAUUAUUCGACAUAACGAAAAUCGAGAUAAGCGAUGUUUAUUUAUAUAGACAAAGAAGGGGAAAAAUGGGACAUUGAGCUUACUUCGACAUAUCGAGAAUAUCGAGAUAUCCGAUGUCGAGAUAACGAGAGUGGACUGUAUGUUAAUUUUUUGAACAGUAUGAAAUGUGUGACGUGAACAAUAUGUUAAUUAUUUUAACAGUGUAAAAUGUAGGACGUGAACAAUAUGUUAAUUAUUUGAACAGUGUGAAAUGCGUGGUUCAACAACCGAAAAAAACAAACUGACCACGCACCUUUCUUGACGUAACCCAGUAUCUGACAGUUACAUUCGCACUUAGAUGUUAACUUCAGUGUUGACCGCCGGAGCUCGUUUGCUGUCUGAUCAACACCAAAGUGCGUUACGUUGUUAAUGUGACAUAACAAUCAACCACGAAUUAGAAAACAAUAUUGCGGAAGUAAUUAUUAUCUUUAUAUUCUGCAUUUCCUAAUAGAGCCGUUUAGCAUGAUAAUCAUUGCGAAGUAUCAUUUGAAUCCGAUUUCAGCAUGUCUUGAAGUUCUUGACUAAAUGCUUUAAAUUGAUAAAGGUAACCAUCGUUACUAAAGAGCUCCAGUGUAAUAUAGCAAUACAAGUAAAAAAAGCAAAAUGGAAGACGAAAAAAACACACACUAACAACAGCAUCGUUUACCCCCACCCUUCGCUCGAACCACGGAUUAUUAGAUUCAAUAUAUAACGCCUGAACCACUUUGUUAAGCAUUUAUACUUUUCAUUACGAAUCCACGUACUUUCUCAAAAUCGAACGAAAACAAAAGAAGCAUUCCGAAAUAUCCAUUUGUUUUGCUUUUGUAACUAUUUGAAACUUUAUCAAUUUCUCUUGAUGAUACACUAUAAACAUAGAAUUCAGUACGAGUCUACUCAUUAGUGUUCUUUCGCUUCCUGAUGAACAGUGUACGUGUUUUUCAAUCUGUGACACAUUGUUCACAAAUGGUAUUUUCGACAAGCUGCGAACACGUCCUUUUAACACUCAUCGAGCUACACUCACAUGACAAGGAGCGCGACACACGGACGGAAAUAAAAUACCACCACUUUAUGCACCUUACCUACUUUCGAUGAAUAUAAAAUACUUAUAUGUUUACAUAUAUUUGUAAGGACAGUAUGCAUGUAGUCCAUUGACUAUUAAAUACUGUUUUAAAUGAGUUCCCCGCAAUACAGAAUUUCAGAUCCUCGCUCUGAGGAAACGGGGCUUAAGACAUGUGCGUAAAGUAUCGUCCUAGAUUAGCCUUUGCAGUCCGCGCAAACUAAUCAGGGACGAAACUUUCGCCUGUAUGGUAUUUUUGGAUUCAAUGAAGUCUCCUCUCAAAGAAAAUGCAGUUGAUGCGGAAAGAGUCCCAUUACUGACAAUAUGCAUUAAACCCGUUUUAUCAGAGCGAGGCACAUAUAGUAUCUUUGCAUGUUUACUAUAGCUUGUAUCAUUGCAUUGAAAAUGUCGUGAUUCAUCACUGUAUUGAAUAACUCGUGAUUCAAUUUAUUUAUGGAAUCUUUGUGUGAUGAUUCUUGUCUGGUUACGAGAUGAAAGGGAAUGUUAAACAUGUAAAUCACUGUCGUGGUCAUUUUAAUAUAAGUGUUGUUGAUUAAAAAAAAUCUUUAAGAAAGAUAUAAUCGUUACUAAUCGAACUGAAAACUAGUGUUAGUAGGGACGUUUAUUAAAAAUACAUAAAAUAUAAAGCAAUUAGUAGAUAAACGCACAACAAAAUAUUGAAUAUACAAAGUGGUCAAUAAUGUACAUGCAUAUAAA